GGUCACCACUAGCAACAAGCUAUUCCUUAUAUCCCUGCAGAACCAGAAGCUUAGAAGCACAAAAACAAUGAUUAAGAAAAUGAGUCCAUCGGAGAAUGAGUUUGACAUCCCAGCGAAAAACUGCUACAGGAUGGUCAUUCUCGGCUCCACCAAAGUUGGCAAAACCGCUAUAGUUUCCCGCUUUUUGAACGGACGUUUUGAGGAGCAGUACACGCCGACGAUAGACGACUUUCACAGGAAACUCUACAGCAUCAAAGGAGAUGUGUAUCAACUGGACAUUUUGGAUACUUCAGGGAAUCAUCCGUUCCCAGCUAUGAGGAGACUGUCUAUUCUGACAGGUGAUGUUUUCAUCCUGGUCUUCAGUUUGGACAACCGGGAGUCAUUUCACGAGGUGCAACGGCUGAAACAGCAGAUCUACGAGACCAAGUCCUGUCUUAAAAACAAGACCAAAGAGAACGUGGACGUCCCGCUGGUCAUCUGCGGAAACAAGAGCGACCGCGAAUUCUACCGCGAAGUUCAGCGCGAGGAGAUCGAGCAGCUUAUCGCUGGAGACGAGCAGUGCGCGUACUUCGAGAUCUCCGCCAAGAAGAACACUAACAUCGACCUGAUGUUUCAAAGACUGUUCACCUUAGCCAAACUACCCAACGAGAUGAGCCCGGACCUGCACCGCAAAGUUUCCGUGCAAUUCUGUGACAUUCUUCACAAAAAGUCUUUCAAAAAUAAGAAGGUGAAGGACGGCGACGCGUAUGGCGUCGUGGCGCCUUUCGCGCGCCGCCCCAGCGUGCACAGUGACUUGAUGUACAUCAAAGAGAAGGCGAUAGGAGGCGGCCAGGCGAAGGACAAAGAGAGAUGCAUCAUUAGCUAAGACAGACACGCCAAAUGUUCUGUUGUGUUAACGAUGAGAUGAAGCCGUUGGGCUGCAGUCUUGACAGAGAUGCGCACGGUUGUUAUGCCCAUUGCCGUUCCCAUGAGGUGACUCCGAAAUCCCCGCAUUCGCGUCGGCGGUCAAAGUCACCGGCUUGAGCUCUCACCUCGCAACUUGGAAGCGCAUGUUAUGCUCGCGAGAUCCUCUGUACAGAAUAUUGACUUUGUUCUGUUCAGUCAGAGUGCUCUGUGAUGUGGCUUAAAUUAUUGUGAGGCUCUUUUUAAAUCCAUGUUUAAAAAUGUGCUUUGUUCAAACAUUUGCCUUUUUUGAGUACCGAAAGGAGAAAGUAGAGCUGCUGUGUCAGUUGUUUACAUUUAUUUGUUUAGAUUCUUUUUCCAGAAAGAAUCGAACUUGAAUGUUUUCUUGCAGUUUGGACAGUUUUUUUACUUGUGAAUGUGUAUGUAUUCUACUGUCAUUGUUGAAUUUAACACAUGAAAUACACAGAAAUAAAAAUAAACAACAUUUCAAG